AUGCCUUGUAUAAUAUGUGCCCGAUCGCCUGUCAACCAGGGCUUUUUAUUCGUUAUGCGUGUUAGCAUUGUCUACUUGGCUGCGCUCAUCACAAGCUUCACCACAGCAGCUCCGGUCGGUAAGCGACAGUCUGGUCUCUCGCCGAAUGGCAACUACUUCCCACUUCAAAAUGGGUUUCCCAACCCGGACAGGGACGGCGAAAUCGCCAUCCAAGAUGGGGCUCAUGGCACUUUGCCAAACGGACCGCCACCUCCAGCGCUCAGUGCCGAGGGCGUCACCAACCUCAAGCUGAUUGCCCUGAACGAGCUAUUCGAAGUAGCUUUCUUCACGGAACUCAUCUACAACGUCACGAAUAAGGUUUCUGGAUACGAUCUGGGGAUGGGGCAUGACUACAUGCUCGACUCAUUGAAAGCCAUUGUCAAUCAAGAAGAGCUACACGUGCUCAAUGCCAACGGCGCGCUCGAGCACUUCAAAAAAGAGAAGAUACAACCAUGCAAAUACAACUUUCCAGUCACAGACUUUCAGACCGCUAUCGCACUAGCUGGCACGUUCACAGAUGUCGUCUUGGGUACUCUGCAAGACGUGAACCAGAUUUUCGCCAAGAACCAAGACGAUGGACUCGUUCGGGCGGUGACAUCCGUCGUCGGUAAUGAGGCAGAGCAAGAGGGUUUCUUCAGACUAAUGCAAAAGAAACGGCCAUCCUCCCAGCCCUUCGUAACGACAGCGACUCGCGACUUUGCGUUUACUGCCAUUCAGGAUUUUGUUAUUGAGGGUUCUUGCCCCAAUAUUGGCACCAUCCCAUUGAAGCGCUUCAAACCGCUCACGGUGGAGACGAAGACGAUCCCGGCUGAGAACCAGAACGUCAAGUUCUCGUUCAACGCGAAGGAUGCCGGCAUGUAUGAUACCAAUGAUAUGCGUCUGACUUACCUCAAUGGUCAAAACCAGGCCAUCGUCAAGAAGUUCGAGAACAUCAAGAUGGAGGGUGGUAAGGUGUUCUUUGAGGCAAACUUUCCGUACGAUGAUUUUCUCAUGAACGGUUUGACCAUCGCCGCGGUCACUAUUGGCGCAGAUGAAUUUGAUAAUGCGGACAAAAUGGCCGAGGCUGCGGUGUUUGGGCCAGGGCUUAUCGAGAUCGACUAAGCUCGUUCCGUGUGAAGGGCGGCUGAUUGCUGCAUUCUUUUGUUGCAUAGCGCUGGCGUUGUCCUCUUCUUACGCCUCCUAAAUACCCUCGCCCAAUGUAUAAUGUAACCACGUGGCUCGGAUCACAUGAUAUUCUAUUUUAGCAGGCACUGCCCGGUGGGCAAGUGCACUUACCUGAGAGCUGAGAGCUGAGAGCUUGAACAAC